AUGCAUAUAUAUCGCCCCAUAUGCGCAGGUAGUCGCACAAUGUCUCAGACCACUGAGACAGUCUCACUUUCUCUCCUUGGCUGUCGCUACACUUUCAACAUGAACACGAGUACGAGGGGAAGUACUAGGACUAUUUGGGAGUCCUUCCUUCUGUGUUUACCGGGUUUUUCUGGGACCUUCUGGACUGGGUUUGAGUUGAAGAUUGGAUGUGUCGGGGAAGAAGUUAGGGUCCUUGGCCUUUCUCUCCAGCUGUUCUCGCAUCCUAAUUACCUCCUUCCCGUGAUGAUUUGA